AAUGCUGUAUAACGUGCAGAUCUGCUGCCAACCCAGAGACAAAAGCUGCACGGACUGUGAAUCUAAUGUAUUACACCUUUCCACUUAUCACUUUAGAGAUGAGCGGGUUGAGACUUGUGACACUGGCUGCACUGCUCUGCUCUCUUGCAACUGCUGAUGGAGGGAAUGUCCUUGUUUUCCCUGUGGAGGGAAGCCACUGGGUCAACAUGAAGGUCCUCAUCCAGGAGCUCCAUUCCAGAGGUCACCACAUCACAGUGAUCCGGCCCAAAACCAGCAUGUUCAUCAAGGCAGAGUCCCUUCCCUACCAGACAAUCAGCCUGAACACGGGUAAUGAAUUUGAUGCAAACAUCAUGAAUUUCACGACAAGAAUGCUGCAGCUCCGGCGGGAGUUCCACACUUCAACUGCAGCGUAUUUCAAAGCUGGAAAGGAGUUGAUGAUGAUGAUGCAUCAUGCACACAAACUUGUGGUUGAUCAAAUGCAAGAGAUAUUUGAGGAUGCUAAACUGAUGCAAUUAUUCCAAGAAGCCAAGUAUGAUGUUGUUCUGACUGACCCCUGCUUCGGUGGAGGGGUCCUUCUGGCUCAUCGGUUGGGUCUGCCUCUGGUCUUCAACGUACGAUGGACGAUCAUGGAAGAUGGACAUCACACAGUUGCCCCAUCACCGCUUUCAUAUGUUCCCAUACCAGGCCUUAAAUCAACUGAUAAGAUGACUUUUUGGCAAAGGGUGUUAAAUGUUUUACUUGCCUUAGUGGUACGUAAUAACCACAUGACAAUCAAAGAAUCUUAUUACACACCAUUUGUCCACCGUCACUUUGGUCCUGACGUCCACUAUGAUGAGCUCGUUCAGGCAGCGGAUGUUUGGUUGAUGAGAACCGACUUUACCUUUGAGUUCCCUCGUCCCACCAUGCCCAAUGUUGUCUACAUGGGCGGGUUUCAGUGUAAACCCUCCAAGCCUCUUCCUCAACAUCUGGAAGACUUUGUCCAGAGCUCUGCAGAGCAUGGAGUCAUAAUUAUGAGCUUGGGGACCUUGGUGGGGACUCUUCCUGAGGAUAUAGCAGAAAGUGUGGCUGCUACUUUUGCCCAAUUACCUCAGAAGGUCAUCUGGAGGCAUACUGGGAAGAGACCGUCCACCCUGGGCAACAACACCUUGCUGCUGGACUGGCUGCCCCAAAAUGACCUCUUAGGACACCCAAAGACCAGAGUAUUUGUGGCCCACGGAGGCACCAACGGACUUCAAGAGGCCAUCUACCACGGAGUUCCCAUCGUCGGCCUUCCUCUGAUGUUUGACCAGGAUGAUAACCUGUUCAGGAUGAGAGUGAGGGGCGUUGCAAAGGUGCUGGAAAUUGGCACACUGAACAAAGACAACUUCCUGGAGGCAUUGAAGGCGGUGCUUUAUGAGCCUUUCUACAGGGAGAACGUGCAGCAGCUCUCCAGGCUGCACAGAGACCAGCCCAUGAAGCCUCUGGACCGAGCCAUGUUCUGGAUCGAGUUUGUCAUGAGACACAAGGGUGCUGCUCACUUAAGGACUAACUCUUAUAAAAUGUCCUGGAUUCAGUACCACUCCAUCGAUGUUAUCGCACUGUUGCUAGUGUCGGUUAUGAUGAUGUCACUGAUUUGCAUUUUAACAGUGAAAUGCCUGUGGUGUAAAGUGUUUGGUGGGAGGAAAGCAAAAUUGGACUAAUACAAAUACUUAUGUUGCUCUGCAUGUAGUACUUCUGUUAUGUUUUUUUUAGCUGUACAGUUUUUUCUCCAACGCCAGCAGAAAAGGAAAGAACGGGAGAAGCAGAGAAGGAACAAUGAAAAUGAAAGUUGCACAAAAUGAAACAUGUUUAAAUUUAGUGUUAAUCUGUAUCUUGAACAACUGAGGUUUGAUGAUGAUGGCGCAGCAGCACAGAAUAAAUGUCGGCCUCUUACGUCAAGAGCUGAAAAGACUCGUGUCCAAGAUAUCAUUUAAUUUGAAAAAUGUCUUUGAGAUGAUUUGACUAAAUUGAAGCAACAACAACAUCAACAGCCACAGCAGUGAUUCCCUGGAGUUGACAUACGGUGGACAAAUGGUGUAUUUGUCUGUCUUUUGCUAUGUUUUAUAUUAUUGUGCUAGGGACCGUUUUUUGUUGUUGUGUCCUGAGUAAAGAAUAAAGAAAGAAAGAAAGAAAGAAAGGUAUGUCUGACAGAACAGAAUGGGAUUUCUGUGACGGAUAUGUAUUGAAAGAAGAAUCUAUCAGAAACUGCUAAGAGGUGCUACUAUUGAUCAACCUGUGCAGCAAACAAUAAUAAGCAUGUCAAUAAGUGACAGAAAUAAAAAAUUGAGUGUUCAGAAUGAGCAGGCUGUGGACUUUAUCUCCAUCUUGUGGCAUUUACGGGAAGUAAAAUGUGUCCACGCAAUCACCUACUGUAUACAUAUUGUACAUUGAAUAAUGUUGACGACAUUGUGAACAUGUCCUUGAAAAUGGCAUCAAGUAGGUUAUGGAAUUAAUCAAAUGUAACAGUUAACAUAUUUCUUAAACAAUGUUGCGUUUUUGAAAGGCUUAUCCAUCUCUACACCCUUCAUACAUUGUGUUAGCAUUACAGUCCUGCUGACUGACUCGACUUGUUUAAAGAAACAGAUCUUUAGUAAAAAAUCUUAAUUCUCCUUAAGAGCAAAUCAUUUUAGGCCCCCAUCACUACAUCUCUGUGUAUACAACCCUAAGUACUCCCUCUCUGAGGCUGCUGUCUAUAACAGACAUGAGUAUCAACACACUGUUACAACUUAAAAUUACAAAGCAUAUCAACAACUGCAAUGCUUCUGCUUGUUUUUUUUUUUUGAGAUUAUAAUGAUGCAGUAAAGCUGAACGAUCUUUGUUUCUAAUUUUGAGAACACACACUUACAGUAUAUGCUUUACUCUUUACAUAUGAGGUUGAUUCAGGUUUCUGUAUAUACAGUCAGUUAAUUAGAAAAUAUAAUUUAAUUUAAUUGGGCUGUCCAUUAAUGUUAACACAUGUAAAGUUGAAAUAGUUUUAGUGAGGAAUUUGUUGUUUUGGAAAUAAAGGAAUCAAGAUUUAACAAUUAAGAUUAAAUAACA